CACACAUCGAAGUGGAUAGUCUUCUAAAAAUGCACUGUAGAAAAUAAAUGUUCGUUACAAGCUUUCUCGAAUGGGGAAGUAGAACAGGGAGAGAUCAGGCCAGGUCGUCGUUGAAGGGAAAGGUCGAGGGGUUGCGGGGAAAGGAUGAUCUUAUCUCCCGUCGAUCGUCAUUUUCUUGAAUCAAUUGUUAGUCUGUUACCUUUUCAUUUCACCUUAUUUCUCCACACUGGGCGCGCAUGCUAGCUUUGUUCUCUCGUUCUUUCCACAGUUCUUUACCACAGAUAAAGCCAAUACCUAUAUUUACAAGGCUCCAGCACUCACGAGCUAGAAUCAUGUCGCGCCGAGGCAACUUGGAUGUUUCUCCUCCGAUUCAUCGAGGCAUGAAGGAUCGUUUGGAUAAAGACUUGUUUAAGAAAUCUAUCCCUGUCCUUGGCGUAAAGGUUACACCAGAGAAGGUCCAUAACAUCAUGAAGUCAGAGCCGUUACGAAGUCACGUACUUGACUUGCCAAAAGUCACAAAAGUACUCCAUGCACCGGAUGGUCAGCGCAUCAUUGUGCUGAGAGUCUCAAGUGAAAGUGAACUGUCGCCAGAAACCCAGGAGUUUCUUAGGUCAGAAUCGGCAGAGCUUGUAAAACAUACGGUGGACCUCGACUACGACUAUUGGUCAGUAGAGGAGAUACUCGAUGCAAUUCUGCCUGAGGAACUCAUAGCGGAAGCUCCUCGAGGAUAUGCAGGUUGCGGACAUAUUGCCCACAUAAACCUCAACAAGGAAUACCUACCUUACAAGCAUAUUAUUGGUCAACUAAUUUUAGAUAAAAUACCCACUAUCAAAACCGUGGUCAACAAGACUGAAAAUAUUGGGAAUCAGUUCCGCGUAUUCCCCAUGGAAUUGCUCGCUGGCGAGCCAAACUACGAAGUCACUCAUCAUGAACAAGGAUGUAAAUUCGUCUUCGACUUUAGCAAAGUGUAUUGGAACUCCCGUCUUGGUACCGAGCAUGAACGUCUGGUGAAUCUCUUCACACCAAACGAUGUCGUUGCCGACGUGUUUGCUGGUGUUGGUCCAUUUGCGAUACCAGCAUCUAAGCGAGGGAGUGCGGUCCUCGCGAACGAUCUGAAUCCAGAGUCCUUCAAGUAUCUGCAACGCAAUAUUGAAGGAAACAAGGUGUCACGUUAUGCAAGAGCUUUCAACGAAGAUGGUCGAGUGUUCAUUCGAAAAUCUGUUUCACUUGCUUAUGAUAGACCUUUCCCGUCCUAUAUACCACCCAAAAGCCAGUCUGAACGAAAGAAAGAGGCCAAGGUACAGAGACAUGCUCGAGGAACCAAUGUGCCCAAGCCGUCAUCACCCGAAAACCGGGCCCCACCACGUCGUCGCAUAACACAAUAUGUAAUGAAUUUGCCUGACUCUGCGAUCACGUUCCUCGACGCGUUCCGAGGAUUGCUUUCGCCGGAAAACGUUGGCAAGCGGGAUUUGAGCGGAGUCUAUGACAAAGCCUCGCUUCCCAUGGUGCACUGUUAUUGCUUCACGAAGGAGUUUGAAGAAGACAAGGCUGCCGCCGAUAUUCGUCAGAGAGUCGAAGAGAAGUUGGGCGCUCCAUUAGAUGAGAAGGCAUCCUUCCACCACGUCCGGUCGGUAGCGCCAAACAAAGAGAUGUUUUGUGUUAGCUUUAGACUGUCGCCUGAAGUGGUCCUCGCUUCAUAGCGUUAUUUCUUGCUGUAUCUUUCUCGGAUAGAGAAUUGUUUUCAAUUUGGAGGAAAGAGUCGGAGCUUAGUCAGCGGCUUUAAACCCGCAAUUGAGCGCUUCGGAGGAAAACGUCAGAGCGGUCCAGCAGGACAGUGUAAGACCAGUCACCACACACGCUUGCUCUGGGCAGCGACCCAACCUACGUUUCUUUUCUUC